AUAAUUGAUUGUAUAAAAUUUAAUGUACGAAUUUAGUUUUUUUUAAAUCACCUUUUUAUUAUGUUGGUUGUUUUCUGGUCUUGAAUUAAAAAUAUUUUGAAAUAUAUUUAUUUUUAACAAUAAUACAAUGAUUUUGUGUUUGUUAUUUUUUUGUCUCCUCGGCAAAUCGAUGGCUGUAGACAAUACCACGGCUGCUACAGGAAACUCAGUUUCUUCUAAAUCAGUCAUGUGCUAUUACAAAGGAAACAUGAUGGACUCUAGUACAGAAUUAAUUAAUCUAGAUCCCAAAGAAAUACCGUGUGAAUGUGAAGUAAUUAUUUACAGUCGGUUUACAAUCAACAAAUUGUCUGUAAUAGAUGUUGAUAAAACGUUCCUCAAAACAGUGACAGCCUUAAAUAAACCUGUGAUUGUGACCAUUUCACGAGAAGGUUUAUACGGGGAUUGGGCUAUAAUAUUGGGUCCUGAUGGCAAUGCACAAGACGUAAAAGUCUUAUGUGAUUUCGCAAAGGAAAACAAGAUAGCAGGAUACCUUAUAGAAGGGCUUACGCCAGAUUGCCUAUAUACACCAUUCAAUGAAAAAAUUGCAAAAUAUAUUAUACCGUAUAUAAAACAAUUAUCACAAUGCAGUGCUGGCUUCAUAAUCGGUGUUGCUGUAGAUGCACAUGGAUCAUCUAUAAAGAACCCAUGUAUGAAUAAUUUUGCAGCAAUGAACGAUUUAGUAACUUUCUAUGAAAUAACAACAUAUAUGUUGAAUCAAUGCAAUCCUACCAGAUAUAAUGGCGGGACUUCAAUUACAAAAGUCGAUCAUGGUGCCAACUACUUAUAUGGGAUGGAAGAAGUGUCAUCAUUUCUAAAGGAAUCGAAAAUAUGUCUUACAAAAAUUGUCUAUGAUAUUGAAAUGUUCCCAUUAAACCCUGGAGCUACAACUUAUACUUCAUAUUCACAAGUGUGCAAAGGAGAGUUUAAUUGUUCAUCAUGGUGUGUACAAACUACAACAAAUUUUUAUGAUAAGGGAAAAUUUGUACUUGAACAAGACAGUGGAAUAGUUGUCAAGUUUGUGGAUCUUGAUGACGUUAAAAACGAAUGUGGUUGUAAAUCAACGUUUAUCGGAUUAAAAAACAUAAUUGCAGGCUUCCGCAAUGGUUCACCAAUACCAUGUGCGACGUAUGAUGUUCAAUCAACUCAAUAUUCAGUUAAAUAACUAGCUAUUUUAUUAACUGUUAAAUAUAUACAAUGUAAACCCAAUUUCAAAUAUGUCUUACCAUUGCCCAAGCAUACAAAACUUAAAAAUAUUUUGAAGUCAAAGACACAAUACGGUUUGAGGUAUUUUCUUGAGCUGCAAAUAUUCCGAUUUUAGUAAUGCCUUAAUAAUCAGCAGCGAAAUUAGUUAUAUACUAUAGUUUUUAUAUUACAUUGCAUCAUAAUUUAUAAUAAAUAAAAAAUAAUUUGUUAAUACAUUUUAUAGCACACGUGUGCUAAACACAA